AUGGCAACUCCUGAAUCAAGACAAGAUCGCGGCUCGCGGGCCGUCGAAGCAGAUGAGGCAGCGCCUCUUCUAGGAGACUCGGCGUCGAUUGUGUCACAGCCCUUGACAGAUCGGUCAGAACUAUGGCUUCUACUCGAAUAUUCUGCUCCCCUGAUUGCAACUUACUUCCUUCAGUAUUCUUUUACCGUAAUCACGACCCUCGUGGCCGGACAUCUGAGCUCCGAUGAUUUGGCGGCCACCAGCAUUGGUCUCACGACCGUGAAUAUCAUCGGUCUCGCCACCUUUGAGGGCAUGGCUACUGCGUUGGAUACCCUGUGUUCGCAAGCCUACGGAUCUGGAAAUCUGCAUGGUGUUGGUCUUCACGUACAACGAAUGCUGGUCCUCAUGGCCUUGGCCAUCAUACCGAUCGGUGCUGUUUGGAUAUGCUCUCCUUGGAUUCUGCCUCUCUUCGUCAAGCAGGAGCACCUGGCUGUCAUGGCUGGUUCGUUCCUCCGCGUGAGCUUGAUCGGACUUCCCGGCUAUGCAUCGUUCGAGGCGCUGAAACGGUUCCUACAAACCCAAGGUGACUGCAACGCGGCUUUGGUUGUCCUCAUCAUCUGCACGCCAGUCAACGCCUUUCUCAGCUGGUUGCUCACCUUCAAGCUUGGUAUGGGCCUCGAAGGAGCAGCUCUAGGUGCCGCGCUGUCCAACAACUUGCGCCCCAUACUGCUUCUGCUCUAUAUUGUCUUUUUUGCCAAGUGGUCUCACCAGUGCUGGGGAGGAUUCUCGCGCGAAGCUUUCACUCAUUGGGGUCCAAUGCUCCGUCUCUCCGCGGCUGGGUCUAUCGUGAACCUUGGAGAGUGGUUUGCCUUUGAGAUCUUGACCUUUAGCACCUCAUACGUCAGCAUUGAUAGCCUGGCAGCCCAGACGAUUCUCACAACUCUAUCUGUGACGGCGUGGCACAUCCCAUUCUCCAUCAGUGUUGCCAUCAGUAUACGUGUGGGCCAUCUCAUCGGCGCCGGGCUGGUCGAUGCCGCUCGGCGGGCUGCUUCGAUUUAUGCCGGAGUAUUUACAGUGGUGGGCAUCUUUGAUGCUGCUGUCAUGCUCCUGUUGCGCAAUGAGUUACCCAAAAUCUUUACUGAAGAUAGUAACGUUCGUGAACUCUGCGCGGAGGCCAUGAUCACUGUUUCCGUAUUCCAGAUCAUUGACUCCAUCAACUGUGGUACCAAUGGCAUGUUGAGGGGUCUCGGCAGGCAGUCCAUCGCUGGUUGGAUCAUUUUCCCCGUGCAGUACCUUUUUGCUGUCCCCCUUGCGGCAUGGCUAGAACUUGGCUCUCCGAACCUAAAGCUCAAUGGUCUUUGGUUAGGUCUCGCUGCCGGCUUGGUCGCUACAGCUGCAAUGGAGUGUAUCUACAUGAAAGUUACCAGGUGGCAAGAUUGCGUAGAGAGCGCAAAGUCACGGGAGGAAGCGUAA